AUGCUACUAGAAGAGCCUUGGAGGACAUUGACUCCAAGCUCAUUAGCCUUGGUCACCUUGCUGGUCAACUUGGCGCUUUUUGAGAGUGUUAAGAAAGCCGUUAUAUAUGCCAUUAUCGCCCAAAUUAACAGUAAUGAAGACCUUAAAAAUCAUUACUCUUCUCAUGUUACUAAGCUUUCUGAGUCUGUCAACUCUGCUGUCCAGGCUGGUGACACCCAGAAAAUUAGUGAGCUUAGUGAGCGAGUUAGUAAAGAAAUUCAGCGUCUUGAAGAUAUACUUAGUAAGCCUAAUAACCUCUAUAAUCACUCUCUUCCUUCCCCCUCUCCCUCUGCUGACUCAGCCGAAUUGCACUCCAAGUUGGAGGCUUUGAAGAAAGUGGAGAAGCUUUGUGAAUUUCAUGGUAAAUUUAAAAGUGGUGAAAAUCCUUCUAAAAACCUCUUAGAGAAUCUUUGUUCUGGCAUCGAGACUUUCCUCGGCUUCAACAAAGACUCCAAAGGCUACGAUGGCACUGGCAUUGUGUACUCUGACCUGGAUAGGCUGUGUGACGGGGUGAUGGGAUUUCUGAGUGGUGUGCUUGGCGCGGUGAAAAACGAAAAUGAAGUGACAACUUAUGAUAAAAAUGAGAGUAAUAACAUUAAUACAGUUAUUAAGAAAUUACAAUCUUCAAUUGGCUCCGGUCGUGAAGGGCUUGCGGCGUCUGUCGACGCGGUGAAGGGGUGGUUGGAGGGGUAUGAGAGGGAGGUGAACAAUAAAAUUACUGCAGUUGUAGAGCCCAUAGAGGUCAUGAAAAAUCUAGUUGAACGCGAUAAAAAUGAGAUAGAAAAAGAAAAAGACAAAAACCUUAUUACGCAGGUAAAGGAAUGGACUGAGCGAGCUGGGAGGUACGUUAGUCUUGCCGACCAGGCCGAAAAGGCUUUAAAACACAUUGAUCCUACGCUAUUAGGUAAGUUAAAUUGUAACAUUUCAUUGCUGGUUCAGGCCACGGGAACGUUCGAAGAGGCGGCUAGGAACGAGGACUUGAAGGACAUGUAUGAAGAGGCGGGUAGUAAGUGGAACGCCAUGCUUCAGCAUGUCGAAGAAAUUGUUAAUGCUAGAAGGAAGUGGCUUCAAGACUUAUUAGAUGUGUGGAUCAGAGGACUUUAUGGAAAGCUUUUUAAUAUGAAAUCAAAGCAACUUUACGACCUACAGAAGUCUGUCGACGACGGACUCCAGUGGCAUUUCAACACGGUAAGCGGUGGGUUGGCCAAUCUUCUGGAUAGGUACAAAGGACAAUUUGUUCCAGAAGUUGAAGGUAUUUUGGCGGCUGCAAAUAAGCUUAAGGAUGAUGUUCUAGGAGAAAAAAAGACCAUUAAGAAGUUGGUGGAAUAUUUGGAUCAACGUAUGCAGGUGCUUAGACAAAGUGACACAACGGUCAAGGAGAAGAUGCGAAGGACAACGUUGGAGCAUUUUAAAAACGGCGAUGGUGAUGAUCCAUGGAACUUGGCACAGCGAAUUGACGGAGUCAUAGAUGUCAUUGAAACGAAUGUUAAAGGGCAUGUGAAGAUCAUUCUUGAAGAAAUUGAGGGGCAAGUGAGUCGUAUUAAGCAGCAUGUCGGAGAUAAAAAAGCGGGACACACUAAGCCAGAAGAUUCAAGCAUAUAUCACAAUUGGGAUGCGUUGAAAGAUGAGCUUACGGGAUUCGUCGAUACAUUAACAAGUCCCGGCGGUUCAAGUCUUACGCAGAUUGUCAAUGGCAUCAGGUCGUAUGCGGAAGGUUUCGGCAGCGGGAAGUUCGUCGCUGUUCUUAAGCCAUGGAUUGGUGAACUUGUGAAUGAUGGAGCAAUAUAUGGUAAAAUAUUUGAGUAUGUACUAAACAACGAUAGGAAGCUUGAGGGUGGUGACAGACCUUCAAAAAUACGGAACGUUAAAUCCGUGAUUACAAACAACCUUCCAGAUUUCAUCAACACCCAUAUUGAAAGUGCCGCUGUAGCAGCUGCAUUGGAUAAUGCAAAUGUUAGUAACAUUGCAGAGAAAUAUGCAAGCUUUUCUGUAAAGUUAGAGUCUGAAUUUGAGGAUACCGAUGGGAACGGAACAAUUGAGUUGGCAGUCAAGGCCAUUGAUAAAUUAUUGAAAACAUCCGGUUCCAGUGUCGCUCACACAGAUGCUGACAUAAAUCUUACAGCUGCAGUUAAAGGCAUUGUGAACUCUGUAAUAAACAGAUUCAAGCAAGCUGCACCGGAACUUCAGCGUUUCGUAGGUGUGUUGAAGAUUAGUAAUCUGACGCAGGCUAUAACGCAAACUGUAGACAUUGGAAAACAAUUUAACAAUGUGGAGGACACAGAUAUAAUUCUCGGUACACCGGACCACGGGUACAAAAUUGAUGUGGCGUUAGGUCUCGUUCACGCACAAAUUAAAAACCUCCAUGAUAAUAUUAACAAUGGCAUUAAGCAAACCAUUGGUGCCGAAAACGUUCUCCCCAUUGAAGGUGACCUUGUCAAUAAAGUCGUGGCAAUCAAGGCCAAGGUAACCAGCGACCAAUUUGACAACAAACUAGAGACGCUGCUUAAAGAAACGGCCAAUAAAGCGUUUGAUAAACUGCACACAAAAAUAACAGAGCUUAUUGAUGGCACAACUGCAGGUUUUAAGCAUACUCUUAAGGAAGUAAAGCUUGAGAUGCAGAAGCUGCAAACUCCAAUAACUCACAGCACAGAUGCCGGCUCAUCUGAUGGGAUAUCCGAUAUCCAACAACAAACUGAUAAACUGCACAACAGAAUUAAUGAAUUUUUGACAAACAAGGUUGGCCAAAGUGCCACCAUGGAAGGCAGUGUCUACGAAGCAUUGGCUACAUUGCAAAAAGAUAUAGGCAAGCUUGGUGAGCAGGUAACUCUGGUAAGGGCCAAUGUCUCAGCCGUUGGGAAAGAGUUGGAAGAAUGUAUGAAAUAUACGGAUGAGAUGCUAAGGGUAACCCAUGAUGAAACUGAAAAAUCGUUCAAUAAGCUGCGUCAUGCUGUCGACAUACGAAUUAGACAGGCGUUCAAAGAAUUGCAAGAAAAAGCUAAAAUGCUUUACACCGCAAGGAAGAGAAAACAGGUUACCGACCUUCAAAAAAUCGUGAACAAACGGUUUGAUAAAAUUGAAGAAAUCAUCAAGUUUGACAAACAACUAGGCCUCAAAGGCUAUCUAUCAAAAUUGCGCAGCAAAUUCAUGCCACCGCUUAGUUCUUUCACUGAAACUCUCUCUCCUCCCCGGUCAGCCGAAAAGAAGCUCCUCGACUUUUCGCCAAUUGUUAAAAACAGCUUCAAGAAUAUCUUCGACGAUCUGCAGAAACAACUCGAUCUAUUUCCCACAACUAUGCGUGUCAACGCAAUUUCCAACGCUCUCGACACCCUGCUCACCUCCCUCACCCGCUACGACCACACUUUUACCAAAAAUCUGGCGAAGGUAAAAAGCGAGAUUGACGACUUCGCCCAGCAGACGUAUGCCAACACCGCCCAGAAAGUGUCCUUGAGUCUCGUCCCAGGGUUGCGCGAUUUCGUGAAGGAGUUGGAAAAGGCGUACGUGAGGGUGUAUGAUGGUCAUCCUGAUCGUAUUGACUUCGAUAAUUUGGUUAAGAAAACCGGACAAAUAGUUGACUUAAGUGGGCCUGCCAGAUGGAUUACUGUGUCAACCCCGGAUGGCACUAAGCUCGCCAAAAUACUCCUGACGAUUUUCAACUUCAUUUACGAAGACAUAAUCAGAUUGAUAAAUAAAUGUGAAGACAACUGGGAAAAUAAAGUGCUUUGCAUAAGCAUGAAAAAUGAGGACAACCCACUUGGUCUGUUCCUACAACGUUGCGGAUACCUGGUCGCCAAAAGAGAGGAUUCGAAGGACGGAGAAACGCAAUGCAGGACAAGUAUAACGGGUCAAAAUAUGCUUGCGAAGUUUAACGAAGAAAUUUCAAACGUCCAAGUUAAAGCACAUCUUACAGCUUGCGAAUCGAAUUUGACUGACGAAGGCGAGCCGAAAAAACAGGCGCCCUUUAAUUUCGCUGAUCUUCUCGAUUGCCUUCUACAUCACAUAGACAGGUAUAAUGAAGUGUGCCACUACUCAACUCACUUCGCGAGGAGGCAACCAUGCUCUGUAUAUGAAAUGUUGAUUUGGCUGAGUGGCCUUCCAUACAGUGUCGCACGUCCUGCGUUGCUACAGGAUGGUAUCGGUAACUUGCUUGAUAACGCAAACAAAAAAGCGCUUGCAGACGUCGAUGGUAUCUCACUGCUUGACCACGAAUCCUCAUACCUAGAUGCUAAUCCAAGGAAAAUCACGUGGUAUGGCAUAACUGAAGCGCUUGAGAUUCUCUGUUCAUCAUCGUACGAUCUUCUCGUUAGUAUCGCUGGCACUGGAGACGCGGGCACCAUCUAUGGCAGUGACCUGUGCAAUAACUCAUUUAAAUUCAAGUACCCCGCUUCCGGCGAAGAUUGCCUGGACAUGCUUCUGGACAUCCUCCGCAGACUGUUUCCGCCACUCAGAUUUUUGCAGACACAAUGUUCCGUCAGCGCAUCGCAUAACGGUUGGUUGCAGUGCACUUACGGUAGGGACGUGCUGCCGGCUAACUGGCCUUGCAAGGAGCAUCCAACUGACAAGUCAAAGUGCCAACCAAAUUGCCAAGUAAACAGCCAACCAAGUUGCCAACCAAAGUCGCCAUUGAUGUCCUUCCUAUCCGACUGUCACGUCGGUUGCCUGCCUCACAAGCUGACUUCAAUCGGCUGUAGAUACGAAUGUAAAACCUGUCCAACUAAUAAGCCAGGGAUGCCCUGCUUAACGCCUCUCGGGUUUAGGGGAUUCUCAGGUAGCAUGAGGACAGGUAAAGACCUGUGUAACGUGCUGGCCAAAUUCUUCGGCAACCCCUAUCUCGCUUCCUUCCUUUGCCUAGCUCCCAAAGCGCCGUCAACAUUGCCCGAGCAUUUCUCUUUCACCUUGUCGCUGGUCACUGGAUGGAAUAACCAUUCUAAGUACGACACCCAGACUCUGAAGAAGUCCAUAGACAAGUCAAUCAGCGGUGUAUCAAUCGAUCUGUAUAAGAACGCAUCCGAACUCACAGAUGCAGUUAGCAACGCUUACAGUCAUUGCACAGCUGCUCUACCCAAGUGCGAAGACAGUCAUCUGAUGGAUCUUACAUCGUCAAGCACGUGCAAUAAAAACCAGUACUCCGCUCCAUAUCUCGAAUCGUUAUGUGCCGAUUCAUAUCUGUAUUUAGCGAACAAGCAUUCCAACGCAUAUCUCUCCUGGAUUUUAUAUCUCCCGUGGAAUUUCCAUAAGUAUCUUGAAAGUCUCCUUGCCGCUUUCAAAGACAUCUUUUGCAACGAUUGGGGCUGCAGAAGCUGCUUGAAUGGCAAAUGUAAAAAGGGCGAACAUGGUGUACUCGAUAAUACAUGUCAGUGCACCUCAAUGGUCAAAUGUAGCGGUGUCAUGCCAAUAUUGUACAGAUAUGGUUUCGCAUUCCAAGACGCGCCGACGUUGGAUGCUCGCAAAUCCGCCAUGAAAUGUUUUGAUUUCCAAACAAUAUUGUUCAAGGUCACGCGUUCCAAUUACUUCUCAAAAUUAUUUGACGAAUGUGACAUGUUCCUGUGGAGAAUCCGUGAACCCUUCUCCUACCUUGUCCUAACCCUCUGGCUCCUCUCUCUCUUGUACCUCCUGCACAUCAUGGUCAUCCGCCUCGACCUGCUCCACAUCAAAUCGCAUUUGCAUAGUCCCUCAUCGCAUCGUAUAGCCGCCCAAUCACUGCUUGCAGCUGCACGUGUUAACAAGCUUAACAGGGUGUUUUACCUGCAACCAUAA